CACGACGAGAAUGCCUCGAACAGACCUGCCAACGCGACCUCGACGGGUCGAAUCAUGCGAGCUGUGCGGCCGCAAGGAUGGCGAGAAGAAGGUAUGGAGGAAGAUCUUGUGGGAAGAGCAACCGUAUGACGAUUGCUACGUGGACUCGUCCUUUCUUGAACAAUUGAGAACCAAUGAGAACGUGCGGGAGUACGACUACUGGGGCAUGUCCAAAGCGUCCGCGGCCAUCACGCAGCAGUUGAGUCUCGUGUUCAUCUUCUUUGCCAUCUUUGUCAAUUCCAGGGAACACGUGUGGUCGUGGCAACUGCUGGCAGGGAUCGACAUCGUGGUGGCCGUCAGUGGGUACUUUGUCAUGUUUUACUGCGCCCAGUCCGAGCUUGACAUGUGGCAAGGAGUGAAGGAAGGUAUGCUCUUCUCUGCGACCUUGUCGAUCCUGUCCCCCGUGCUGAGGACCUUGACCGAGUCGUACGCUGUCGACACCAUCUGGGCGCUGUCAGUGGCGCUGACAGGCAUCCAUCUCAUUACCCACGACUACACGUACAUCAAUGGCACCACUUACAAGUAUGCGGGGACGAUUUCGCUCAACGCGGCGAUCUUCACGUCGGUGCUGCUGGCGUCGCUGUUGCACUCGAACGAGCAAGUGUUUUCGUUUGUGUUGUUUGCCAUCGAAGUGUUUGCCGUGAGUCCUAUCGCCCAGCACAACAUCAAGGUGCAGACACCGCUGCGUGCAAGAUACGGAUGAUGGAGCGACUGAUCUUUCCUCGAUAGAAAACGUCCGAGCACCUCCACGUAGCGUUGGCCUUGCUUCUCUUCUGUGUGGCACUUGCCCUCAUGUGGCCCAUCUCACCGUCUAUCUCGGUGGUUGUAUUCGUCGCCGUCGGCUUCAUCACGUUUGUCUGUCCGCUUUGGCUCAUGCACGCCCAGGAAUACAAAAAGUACGGAUGUCUCCAUCACGUCGAUGAAUCUCUCACAUGCAUCGUAGUGAGAUUCAAGGACCUUGGGACAUUGCCAAGGUGGAGCCCCAGCAGUAAUGUCGCUAACAACGCACAUUCGCGUCCUUCACUUCCUUCGAGACACCUUCCUUUGCGCCACUGCCCUCGUCGUGAUUCCCAUGUACACACAUACAUGUCAUGUUCUCCAUGCUGGAUAAGUCAUAUCUCCACCGUCACGCCUGUGCACUGUACAUGGCAGCAAC